CCACUUCCGUCUCCGGAAGACAGCAGAAAAAGCCGCAACAUCAACAUUCACAGACAGUAUAAGUAAAUAACACAAUUUAAUCCAAGUCGCGGUGUGAGGAUGUCGGGACAGAAGCGUCCGUGUGACUCCAGCAUCCCCUCUUCCUCAUCUGGUGCACCCACUGAGAAACGAAGAGAGCGAGAGGGUGGAGAGGAUGGGGGUCUUGGAGUAAGCACUACUGCAGGAGGGAGCACUGCCGUGGAAACUGUCAUCAAACUCGGAGGGGUGUCCAACUUGGAGGAGCAGGAUGUUAAAGCUCUGCAGGUGAAGAACAGGAAGCUGGGAGAAUCCCUUGAUCAAAGACAGGUUAUUGAAGAUGAGCUGAGAGAGAGAAUCGAAAGACUAGAGACUCGCCAGGCUACUGAUGAUGCCAGCCUGCUGAUCCUGAAUAGAUACUGGAAUCAGUUUGACGACAAUGUGCGCCUGAUUGGCAGGCGCUACGACCAAUCAGGAAUUGAGCCUGUGGAAACCCCGUCUGGAGAGGGGCGGAGUCUGAAGCCUGACACGCCAGAACCAGAUGGUGACUCCAACCAGGAGAGAGCCAAAGACAGAGGCCACCAGGGGGAGACAAACCCAUCCUUUCUGGCCACACUGGCCAGCAGCAGCAGCGAAGAGAUGGAAGCGGAGCUGCAGGAGAGGGUGGAGUCCAGCCAGAAGCAGGCCAAUCGUGUGGUGGAGAUCUAUGACAGCCUGAAGGCCACCGUCGAGCAGCUAAAGAAAGACCUGGAUGCUGGAGCAGAGGGCUCCGUUUGGCCGGUUGCCGUCCAGCUCAACACCCUCCUGUCCAAUGAGAACGACCGGCUUCGUCAGCUCACCGAGGACCUCCAGCAAAAGCACAGUCACAUGACCAGCGAGUCCCGUUCUCUGGGCCGGGCCGUGGCCAAGGCAGACAUGCGGGUCAGUGAGCUCCAGGCUCUUAUUGAGGAGCUCCAGUGGGACAUGGAGAAGAUCAGACGGAGAGAGAAUCGCCUCAACACACACCUGGGAGAAAUACUGGAAAGGGUGAACAGUAAAGGCUACAAGGUGUGUGGUGAGGCCAGCAGUGUGUGUGGAACCAUCACCAUCAACAAGAGAAAGUUUGAGGAGAUGAACAGUGAGUUGGAGGAGAACCGGGAGCUUGCGGAGAACCGUCUGAGCGAGCUGCAGCGGUUGCAGCAGGACCUGCAGACCGUCAACCAGGAGAACCACAACAUGAAGGUGAGCCUGCAGAGUCUGGUCCAGACACAAGGACUGGGUCUGGGCCGCCAGGAUCCUCUGGCUCUCUCCUCCAGCAUAGCCAUUGGAUUACCUGAGGCCCCUCGUCCUUACUCAGUCAACCAAACCAGUCAGUUGAAGGUGGAGUUGUUGAGUCGUGCCGAGGGGGUGGUGAAGGAGAGCUCAGAGUAUCGCUGCCUCCAGUCUCAGUUCUCUGUCCUCUACAACGAAUCGGUGGGGCUGAAGUCCCAGCUGGACGAAACGCGCACACGUCUCAACACCACCAGGACAGCACGCCUCCGACAGCUAGAGCACAUGGAGACUGAUGAGGUGUCUCUCCAGAGGAAGGUGCGUACAGAGGUGUUCCAGCUAGAAGACACUCUGGCACAGGUCAGGAAGGAGUAUGAGAUGCUCCGGAUCGAGUUUGAACAGACCCUCGCCGCCAACGAACAAGCAGGUCCCAUCAACAGGGAGAUGAGACACCUCAUCAGCACCUUGCAAACACACAACCAGCAAAUGAAGGGAGAGGUGGUGAAGUACAAACUGAGACUGAGAGAGGCACAGACGGACCUCAGCCAGGCCCGCACUAUGAAGGGCGCCGCUAUCCUCCGAACACAGUCCAGUACAGAGCUGGACGUGAAGGAAGAGACCACUUCCCCCAUGACCCCCGCCGCCUCUGGUGACUCCAGCGUCAAGUUGGAGUCUGACAACGGCUCGGCCACACCCACCAGCACCAGUACCUCGGUUAAAACUGAGCCUGGGACAGAGACCGAGGGAGACAUUAAAGAGGAGGAGAAAGAAAAAGAGGUGAAAAAAGAGAAAGAAAAGGAGCGUGAGAAGGAGAGAGAGAGACCAACCCGUGGAGGGGGUGGGCCUGUGAAGGAGGAGAAGGAGAAGGCUGGGACCAGCAACCAGUUGGAGGAGGUGGUUCCAGAACGCCCAUCUGUUAUUGGAGGACCAAAGAGGAAGGAGGUGGAGCAACUGAAAAUUGUCAGGGCGGAGCUAAAGAAAGCCCAGGAGUCUCAGAGGGAGAUGAAGCUGCUGCUGGACAUGUACCGCUCAGCUCCCAAAGAGCAGAGAGACAAAGUCCAGCUCAUGGCUGCGGAAAAGAAGGCCAAGUCAGAGGCGGAGGAGCUGAAACAACGUCUUAGGGAUCUGGAGGAGAGAGAGAGGAGGGAGGGAAAGAAAAUGGCAGACGAGGAGGCACUGAGGAAGAUCCGUUCUGUCGAGGAACAGAUUGAGAUUCUCAACAAGAAGCUCUCUCUGGCCAAGCAGGAGGAGGAUGCGUUGCUAAGUGAGAUGGAUGUGACGGGCCAGGCCUUCGAGGACAUGCAGGAGCAGAACAUCCGCUUGAUGCAGCAGCUCAGGGAGAAGGACGACGCCAACUUCAAACUGAUGUCAGAACGCAUCAAGUCCAACCAGAUCCACAAGCUGCUCAAGGAGGAGAAGGAGGAGCUUGCCGACCAGCUGCUUACGCUCAAAACACAGGUGGACGCCCAGUUGCAGGUAGUGAAGAAGCUGGAGGAGAAAGAGCGCCUCCUCCAGGGCACCAUCGGUACUGCAGAAAGAGAGCUGGCUCUGAGGACACAGGCUCUGGACAUGAACAAACGCAAGACUCAGGAGUCGGCGGUGCUGUCGGAGGAGGUGCGUAGUCAGCUGGAACAGGUGCAGCAGAGACUGGGGACCGUCAGGGAGGAGGUCAUAGAGAACAGCAUCUCCAGGGAGAAGGAGUCCUUCAAUGCACGCCGUGCCCAGGAGGACAUCUCUAAACUGAGGAGAAAGAUUGAGAAGGCCAAGAAACCAGCCGAGACCGUGCGCAAUGGAGACGAUAUCCUCAACGAGGAAAUCAAUGAUUACAAGGCACGCCUGACGUGUCCGUGCUGCAACUCUCGGGUAAAGGACGCCGUUUUGACCAAGUGUUUCCACGUUUUCUGCUUCGAGUGUGUCAAGACACGCUAUGACACACGCCAGAGGAAGUGCCCCAAGUGCAACGCUGCCUUCGGGGCCAAUGAUUUCCACCGCAUCUACAUUGGAUAGACAACGAGGAAGAAGAGGAAGGGCCGUACCUGGCGGCAGGUGCAUAGGAGUGUGGUAGAAUAUUAGACCUGCCGUGGGCUCCUGGACCAGGCCUACAUUACAUUGUCUUAUUCAGAUGGAGGUUAUAUUUGAUACCUGCACUUCCUGCCUGCCUGGAAGGAAGGAAGGCAACAAAGAAGAUACAGUACCUUACUGUAAGAGUGACAGGUUUUCCUUGUUUGACUGUUGCUACCGGAGAGUGCUGUUUGGGUUGUUGUUGUCACGGUACCACAGAGGGACUGCACAAACACGGACAUCUUUCACUUCAUUCCAGUCCUCCUGAAAGACUCCUGAAUGGCUGCAGUGAUGCGCUCAAGACCCUGACAAACUUUAUGUGACUGAUAUUGUUAGCUUCUCCCCCAGUACUCCUGCUGCUUCUGUGCCAGAGAGCUAGACACCAUGUGCACCUGGAUGUGUACGUGUGGUUAGCAAAAUCAAUGCUAAGUGUCCCUUGACUCGCAGUGACCCUGGCUCCUACUGUCCUCUGUGUCUGUAAGACCAGUCUAUAUUGUCCUCGUGUUUUUAUGUAUUUUUCUUUGAGUUUUAUUGUUUUGUGUUUGAAAGCUGCCUUAUCAGGGCACAGACAGAUGUGCUACAACACCUUGAACGGAUGCUCUGCAAGUAAUUAAACUUCCAUUCAAAUAAGAUGGUCUGUUGAGCAGCUCGUUCAGUCUAGUUUGUGCAUUUAAGAGACCACUAUACUAAAUCGUCAUGUUCCUAUUUUAACAUUAAACCAAAUUUUCUUUAUGCUGCCUUCCAAAUCCUGUUUUAGAUCUCUCCCAGCUCUGUCACACCUGAUUGAAAUAAUCAGCUCAUUAUAAAGUCCUUCAUGAACUACGUCAAAUAUAUUGGGGCAGGGAGAGACGUAAAACAUGCAGGUUGGGGGUGUGGGGGGAGUGUCGAGGAGCAGGGUUGAGAAACAGAUUUAGAAGGAAAGCUGUCAGGAAGUGUUAUUCUGCUCUGGCCUGUGCAGCCUGCACUCCUGGACUGACUGCUUGUGCUCUCUGACUCACACACUCUAUUUUACUGUCCUAGUGGAAUAAUAGAAGUCUCCUUAACCUUAAACCAAUUGUAAUUUUCAAGCCUAAAAUAUUAAAUGUCAUAAAGAUCGG